CCACCCACUAUCAGAAACAAUACAUGCCGUUUGACUGUAUAUAGUACAUGUUUUCAGCUGGGACAGGGACCACACCCCUCUCCCCUGCCUUUCCCCGACAAAUUUCUUAGCUUCAAUCAGUGAUCUAAAAAGCUCAACUUCUACACACCCACUUCACAGCGUUACUUUCUAUGUGGGUUGUAUAUAGUAAUCUUUGGUGUAAAGUAGACUCCAUGUGCUAUCGACUACAAAAGUGUGUCUUCCCUCCCUACAGCCUCGCCGAGUCCACCACUAUCCCAGCUUAUCCAGCGACGAAGGUAGCAGCACGACCAGCUCCCCGGCAGUCAAACCCAAGAUGGCUACCUCCGGCGCUGGUCAACCAGAAAGGCAGUUGUCUGUCGCCUCGGCUGCUAGUUUGGGGACCUCGUCUGUCGAGGGCGCCGCCCAAGGAGCAGGAACUUCUGAUGCCCACAGUAUUGGGAGUUUCGACAGCGAUGAUGGACUGGACUACAUUAACAUGCAUGGGUAUACGAAGAACGGAAGCCACAUCCUCCCCAGCCCUGACUCCGCCCUACCCCUCCCAAUACCGCCCCUUGAAUCAUGUAAUGCUGUUGUCACGGGAAGUGCUGAUAACGAGCCGGGGCUAAACGCACAAAGUGGGAGUGGACAAAGUUCGCCUUCCGCAGACACACAGUCUCGUCCACCUACUCUUCCGAGUACAGUCAGUAGCAUGGAAGCUGGUAACCAAUCGCAGGACGGGGUAGCAGGUGGGAAUCAGGAUGCCCCAUCUAGUGAUGGGGUUUUGGUGACUGCAAGUAGUGAGGAGGCCCUCUACGAAGACACUGCUGCAACAUCGCGGGAUGGCCCAUCGGACAGUGGGACAGUGGCUGAAGGUAGUCACGAAAUCGUCUAUUCAAAUGCAGCCACGGGAUCGAAACAUGGCCCAUCUGGCAAUGGGACAGUUACUGCUGAGAUCCUGUAUCAGAAUACGACUGCUGAACCCGACGAUAAACCAUUGGACAACGGGGCAAUGGCUAUAGAGACAGGUGAGAUGCUCUAUCAAAACACUAUUAGAGAAACUUGGGACGACCCAUUGGGCAAUGAGACAAAAGAUGUGGAUAUGGCAGAAAGGGAGGAGAUCCUCUAUCAGAACACAUCCACGGAACCUAAAGAUGACGAAUCUGGCAACCAGACACUGGCUGAGCAUCAAGCUGGGGAUGAAACAUUUCCUGCCAGAGACAACGUCUCAACCUCUCAUCCCCACCUUCCCGACAAGAACACCCACCCUCAAGUUGACACCAACAAGUCACCCUCCAAGGCGGCGACAACUACUGGUGACAAAGUCAAACCACGGCCUGCACCAAAGCCAUCGGCGGGGGCAACAAAAACCAAACCCGCUCCACCACCUCGAAAACCCAAGCCAAAGAGACAGUCGACAGUCGAAAAACCAGUGAACGACAAACAGGCCACCUCACCUUCCCCAUACCCUCCUCCUACAUCCCCUCCCACACACCGAAUGAGGAUCUCCAACACUACUCCCUCCUCACCACCCAACUCCGUUCGAGACAUUAGCUCCUCGAUCGACAAAAAGCUCAAGAUUUCGAUACCUCCCGUCCCGGGAGAAUCGCCUCCACUACCCCCACGCGACUCAAAAUCAGCCACAGAAAACGAAGACUUCUCAUCCGGAGACGAGUACGUUCCUUCUGACUACGAAACCGACGGGGAGCGAGAGCCGGAGAAGAAAGAGGAGAAAGAGAUGAUUUCAGCGGGAGACCGCGAAACAACAUCUCCCCCACCACCCAUACCACUGCGAACGAAAAACUACCACCUGGUGGUACUGGACAAAGGGAAAUCCAAGGAAGAGGCUACCAAGCAGUCUAACACAAACAAAGAGAGUAUGCAAUCGCCUAAUACUUCGCCAGUCAAGGUAGUAGAGUCAACCAACAAAGACAACGGAACGGCUGAUAAGAACAAAGAUUCCGUCAAGUCCCCAAAGAGGAAGAGAAGGUUCUACGAUGCCUGGAAGCUCAAGGGAGAGAAAUCAAAGAAAGUGCACAGUGAGCCAAAAUCCCCCGUGAAGGCGCGGUCACCACCAAAAGAAACGAAAGAGCCACAGAAAAAGAAGGGACUGAACUACUCACAGUCUGACAGACAAGGCACGCGUCUUAAACCUGUCAGACGUGCACCGAGUGACACCUCCAGUAGUACUAGGCCUCCUGUAGUACACAUGUCACUCCCAAGAGAGCCGAGGGCAACUUUUCUCAAUAUGCGCACAAGGCCACUCCCAGAAGCACCAUUUGUACUACCACACAGCCCGCCACCGGAGCACACUCUCGAAGACUACGACAUUGUCGACGUCAUGUUCCCCACUUCACAAUCGUUUGAUUCCAGCCGCUUGCCACAGUUACUCGGGGCUCCCGGUCUCCCUUCAAACCUCAUGCCGGGUACCCCCAACUCGCCUUUUCACACUUCGGAGAGACAGCGCUCCCAGAGUCACGACGUCUUGUCUGCCGAUAACAUGGACUACCUGAACGAAGACCAGUUCCCCAGACCUUCACCAUCAGCCUCAGUUCACCCUCUCUCUGCAGCAUCCGUGCGAUCACUUCCAGCCCCUACUUAUCCACUUCCCUCUUCACCUUUUCCAACUAUAGCGAGACAUGCCGGGCAACAACCACUCGCCAGUGGCUGGAAUCCUUUCCCAACUCAGUUCAAUCAGUCUCCGGCUCAGUUUAAUCUGUCCCCGGCUCAGUUCAAUCAGUCUCCGGCUCAGUUUAAUCUGUCUCCGGCUCAGUUUAAUCAGCCUCCGGCUCAGUUUAAUCAGUCUCCGGCUCAGUUUAAUCAGUCUCCGGCUCAGUUUAAUCUGUCCCCGGCUCAGUUUAAUCAGUCUCCGAUGCAGUCACUCCCACCCUCCUCCUUCCAGCGCCCCUUCCAGCCAGUGAGCGAGCCAGCUCACCCUCCCGGAGUUCCUCACCCCCUACCUCCUUCUGCCAGACAACCCCCGCACCACAUCGCCCUCGGCAGAUCCACUUCAAACCCUAACAGAGGUCAGAGUCCUCCGUCUCCCGACUACUCAUACCCCAGGAUACCUUUGGAUCUGACGCGCAUGCUACCGUCACAACUACAAGGCGCCCCUAGCAUCGCCAUUGCAAAUGUCCGUAACCCAAGAACCACAUAUGGUAUUCCGAGAAGCAAAAGCACGGAAGAAGAAGAAUAUGUACAAAUGAAGCGUUUGUCUGGAGCUGACGAUACCGACGACCAACAGUACGUAAACCACACGAUGAUUGAAUCAAUUAGAGACACGAAACGCAGCCGAUCCAUGGAAGACUUAUACCAAAAUUUCCCCGUAAAGCACCCGACUGUCUUCGAUCGAACUCUCCCUCUCCCCUCACGAAGUACACAACCUGCGCCUACCCAGCAGACGUUUGUUCUUCCACCUCGAAACCUUCUUCGCAACCCAGCUAGCCUGAGUCCACCGCCUUUGCAGUCGCACCCACCGGUCAAGAGUCUCCCUAGUUUCACGAACCAGUUACCCUCGCAAGAUUCUGUUACCCCUGCACAGAUGAUGCAGCCCCGGUGUUCACCCAGACCGACGCCACGGACACAGAGAGAGCAGCUCUCCUCCUUUCCUCCCCUUCACGCACAGCAUGUAGUCACAACCUCUCCUCUUCCUUCUCCACCAGCUCCACGUGAGUCACCUCCUCACCUUGAAUACGUCCCAAAAUAUAAGUCUCCACCACCUCAACCCAUCAUCUCUUCCUCCCUGGUAGGACCCCCAUACGACAACAGACAAAAGGGGUCGAAUUUUAAGCCCCCCGUUGAGCCUCCCAGAAGUUUACCAGUGGGAACGUCGACAUGGACGGCUGAUGAUGAUCCCAAUUACUACAACGUUGUGAGCAAAUCAUUCCUCUUUUCUAAACCUAAACUUCCAAUGAGCCUGAAGACAGCUCCUACCUCGAUAUUAUUCCAGACUGAAACCAGACAACUUGUGGACAUAUUUUCUCAUGGUGCAAUGUAUAAUAAUUUUGAAUGUUUGUAAAAAUCUACCCACAUAUUUUUAGCGAUUGCAAAACUUUUUUCUCAACAUGACACCGUGAGGACAA